AUGUCUAUUAAAACAGCAGUUGUUGGAUGUGCUCAUGGAGAAUUAGACCAAAUCUAUAGAGAUAUCAGAGAAUCGGGUCAGAAAGUUGAUCUCUUAUUGUGUUGCGGAGAUUUUCAAGUCGGUUUUUAGAAUUUUUUUUAAAUUUAAUGUUUAGGCUAUUCGAAAUCGGACAGAUCUUAAUCAUAUACAUUGUCCUGAAAAGUAUAGAGAGUUGAGGACGUUUUACAAGUAUUAUUCUGGAGAACAAGUGAGUUUAUUUUACAACAUUGGGCUUAUUAUUACCGAAAAAAAUUAUUGUUUUUAUAUUUUACCAUACUGUUUUUAAUAUUGUUGAUGUUAAGGUAGCACCAGUUUUGACUGUCUUUAUCGGAGGAAAUCAUGAGAGUAUAGCCUUUUCCCAAGAACUGCCACAUGGUGGAUGGGUAGCUCCUAAUAUAUAUUACCUUGGAUUUGCUAGUGUAAUAAAUUUUGGUGGGCUGAGGAUUGGAGGGUGGAGUGGGAUAUACAAACAUCAUGAUUAUAUGUACAGUAAGUUAUCGUACCUUUUGCCAAUUUUAAGAGUGUUUUGUCAUUAUAUGUUUUAUGGUAUUUAAAUUUGUAGGUUUUUUACUAUAUUAUCUUUUUUAAGGUUUUACUUACCAACGGCUACUUUUAGAUCACUUCGAAGCGCCGCCAUUUUUAAACAAACAAGAGAUAUCAGCAUAUCACGUUAGGUCUAUCGAACAUUAUCGGUUACAGUUACUACAAACAGAAGGUGCGUUCACUUGUUACCUUUCAAUUGUUAUUACCUAAACGUAAUAAUGUGUUUUUUAAGCUUUAAUAGUUUUCAUAUCUAUUCGUUUUACCUAUAGGUUCAAGUCUGGACAUCUUUAUGACGCAUGACUGGCCCAAUGGCAUAACAAAGUUUGGCAACGAACAACAAUUACUCAGAUUCAAGCAUCACAUUAAAAAUGACGUUGAUAACAAUACUCUGGGUAAUGCCUAUUCCAUGGAUCUGAUCAAGAAGCUGAAGCCGAGGUAUCACUUUUCUGGGCAUAUGCACGCUCUCUUUCCGGCUACAGUGCCGCACGGUGGGAAUCUGGAGACUAAAUUCACAGCUUUAAGUAAAUGUGCUCAACAGAUUAAUGUGCGCAAUUACUUGAACUUCUUCGACAUUACUCCAACAGAGCCAUCUGAGAAAGUACUAAAGUACGACGCUGAAUGGCUAGCUAUUCUCCAGAACACGAGGACGUUGGAGCAGACCAAGAGGGGCUACAGCAACAUUCCAAACGACAAUACGGGUUUUACAGCGACAAAAGCACAAAUGGGCUUGGUGGUGGAGAAGUUUGGGGAUCUGAAGAUACCAGACAACUUCAAAAUGACAGCUCCGCCUGAGAAUGCACUGGCAGGAAAUAGUUUUGUGGCACAACAGGCUUUGUAUUACAGGUAUGGUUAGGUGGCAUGUAAAUUUUUCUAUUAGUAGGUGUAACGUUAUAUUAGUAGUAAUAAGUAAAGUAAUAGUAUAACUUAAGUUAUACUAGCAGCUUUAUACUGUGUUGUAUUGGCAAGGUUGUCUUAUCUCUUUAUACUUUUGUAGAAAUCCUCAAACAAAAGAAUUGUGCGAGAAGCUGGAAAUGCCAGAUUGGAAUGAGAUGAUGUGUCGGCUUCAUGAGGAUGCCGUGGGAAUACCAUACUACGCGCAUCUGGAGAAUCAAACCGACAAUAACGCUGAGAUCAACCUUGAUGCUGAUGAUUUGGUAGGUUUUCUUGUUUUCAAUUUGUUUUAUUGUUAAACUCAGGUUAUAUUUUAUUAUAUUAAUAAUUUUAAUUGAGCGGUUAAUAUAGUUAGUCAGUAUUAAAGUUUUCAGAAACGAGUAGAAAUCAAAGAAUUAGGUAUAAAAUUGAAAAAAAUGUUAGAAUAGGUAAUAGUAAAUGGUUGUAGUUUGGUGAUGAUGACAUAAUUGAAGAUCCCACUCCCCAGAAUCGGUCUAAACGACCAUUAGAGGAAGAUGAAGAUGGUCAAGAAGUGGAGGCCAAGAAGGACAAGACUGAUCUCGCUUAA